AUGGGUUCAAUCGGAUACACCGCGCCAGUGAGCGACAUCAAAGUAUCAAUAGAUCGCGGAGGCACUUUCACAGACGUCAUUUCAAUCUACCCGGAUGGCACAGAGAAGGUCUUCAAAUUACUGUCCAGGGAUCCAAAGAAUUAUCAGGAUGCGCCCAUUGAAGCCUUGCGGCGGAUCGUGGAAGAGGCGACUGGGACCUCGAUCCCCCGGGGUGUGCCGCUGGAUCUGAGUUGUAUAGGCUCAUUACGGAUGGGAACAACGGUGGCUACAAACGCCCUACUUGAGCGACAAGGCGCUAAGACUGCGCUGUUCAUCACGCGCGGGUUCCGAGAUCUGCUCAAGAUCGGAAACCAAUCUCGGCCAGAUAUGUUCGCUCUGAACGUAAAACGCCCGGAGCUCCUGUACUCCAAAGUGGUCGAGGUUUCUGAGCGCGUCACGCUACACGACUCGACAUCGUAUAGGAGGACGGACGAGCUGUCCGAGUCGGAAGAAGCUCGUAAGGACACCACGACCACAGUUCAGGAAGACGGCGACAACGUCGUAAUCGGCCUAUCUGGCGAACGAAUACGCAUCCUCGAGAAACUCGAUAUGGACGAGACGCGGCGCGAGCUGGAGGAGACCUUCGCCGAGGGGUUCCGCAGCAUCGCAAUCUGCUUCCUGCACUCAUAUACCUUUCCGGAGCACGAGCUGGCAGUGGCGGCAGAAGCCAAAAAGAUCGGAUUCACGCAGAUUUCCAUCUCGAGCCAACUCUCACCAGCAAUCAAGAUGCUUUCGCGAGCGAAUUCCGCCGUUACGGAUGCGUACCUUACGCCAGAGAUCCAUAAUUACCUGGAAGGGUUCAAGGCCGGCGUUGAACCCAACAGUCUAAAGAAUGUUAACUGGAGAAUCAUGCAGUCGGAUGGUGGGCUGGUGCAUCCAUCGAAGCUGUCGGGGUUGAGGGCUCUUCUUUCUGGUCCUGCCGGAGGUGUCAUCGGAUACGCGCGGACGUGCUAUAUGCCUGAGAAACCGCAGGCAGUGGUCGGUUUUGACAUGGGAGGAACAUCAACAGACGUAUCGCGCUACGCCGGGUCUCUGGAGCACGUCUUCGAGUCCACAACAGCCGGAGUCUCCGUGCAAGUACCGCAACUCGACAUCAACACGGUGGCAGCUGGUGGCGGCAGCGUGCUGUCAUGGCGGAAGGGGAUUCUAGCCGUUGGUCCGCAAAGCGCUGGAUCGCACCCCGGCCCUGCGUGUUACCGCAAAGGAGGUCCGGCAACCAUCACAGACGCGAACUUGGUCCUGGGCCGCAUUCUGCCUGAGUGCUUCCCGGCUAUAUUUGGCCCGUCGCAGGACCAGCCGCUUGAUGUUGAAGCAUCGUUUGAGCGCUUGGCGGAACUGGCGGAGGAGAUUAAUCGUGACCAGGGUACACAGCUUAGUGUACAUGAGGUGGCUAAUGGGUUCAUUACUGUGGCCAACGAGACUAUGUGCAGGCCGAUUCGAGCCCUCACGGAAGCAAAGGGGUAUGCGGCGUCUGAUCACAUUCUUGCGGCGUUUGGGGGUGCUGGUGGUCAGCAUGCUUGUGAUAUCGCCCGGGCGUUGGCUAUAUCAAGAGUUGCGAUACACAAGUACUCGUCCGUGCUGUCUGCGUACGGAAUGGCACUUGCGGACACCACGCAGGAGGAAAGGAAACCUUGCUCGGAGAUCCUCUCUACACCAACACAGUCGCAUAUCAUAUCAGUUCUCGACGAGCUAGAGGAGAAAGCGACGCGGUCAAUCCAAGAGAUGGAUCCGUCGUGCAAGUUCAUCGAGUCUGCCUAUUUCCUCAAUCUGAGGUAUGAGGGGAGCGACACGUCUCUGAUGAUUGAGAAGCCCGAGGGCUCGUGGGACUUCGCCGCCAAGUUCGUCGACCAGCAUCAUCAUGAGUUUGGAUUCACGCCAACAGGUCGGCAUAUUAUCAUUGACGACAUCCGCGUUCGAACAACUGCUAAGACGAUCUCAUCUAAUACGCCUGGCCUCAGCGAACUGGAGUCCAUCAAGACAACUCGCCAGGUCGAGUCCAAGAAGACAACAAAGAUGUUCUUCACCGAGACCGGGCUGAUCGACGCGCCCAUGUUCCACCUGCAAGACAUCAAAAUGGGAGAGACUGUUCGUGGGCCGGCCGUCGUGAUCGACCAGACGCAGACAAUUGUUAUCACACCAAAUGCCACCGCAACAGCAUUAUCCUCGAUGCUGGUAAUCGACGUCGACAAUGCUCCUGCCACCGGCUCAGAUGCAGCCAUCGACCCAAUCAAACUGUCUGUCUUUGCAAACCGGUUCAUGGGAAUAGCAGAGCAGAUGGGUCGCGCCCUACAAAAGACAUCAGUGAGCACCAACAUCAAAGAGCGCCUUGAUUUCAGCUGUGCCAUUUUCUCAGCCGACGGUGGGCUCGUAGCCAAUGCUCCACAUGUGCCAGCGAUGCUCGGAAGCAUGGCCCAGGCAGUGAAGUGGCAGAUUGAGCACUGGAAAGGAAACAUCAAGGAAGGAGACGUGUUUCUGAGUAACGCGCCGGCUGCUGGCGGCGCCCAUCUACCGGAUUUGACCGUCAUCAGCCCCGUUUUUGACACUGCUGGCAAGGAAAUCUUGUUCUGGACGGCGUCUCGGGGCCAUCAUGCAGAUGUUGGUGGCAUUGUCCCCGGUUCCAUGCCGGCUACCUCGAAAGAGAUCUGGGAGGAAGGGGCUGUUAUUGACAGCAUCAAGAUCAUCGAGAAUGGGAUAUUCCAAGAGGAACGAAUCUAUAAAGCCAUGGUGGUAGAUCCAGCUCAAUUUCCAGGAUGCGAAGGGGCAAGGUCAUUCCAGGAUAACAUCACCGAUAUCAAGGCACAGACUGCCGCGAAUCACAAGGGAAACAAUCUCAUCGGGUUAUUGAUCAAGGAGUACACCUUGGCUACGGUCCUGCUGUAUAUGGGUGAAGUCCAGAAAGCUUCCGAAAACGCCGUCAGGGAGCUCUUCAAGAAGAUGGUCAAAGAAAAGGGUCAAACUGUCUUUAAGGCAGAAGACUUCAUGGAUGACGGUUCAAGAAUUCACUUGACCAUCAGAAUAGACCCAGACACAGGAUACGCAGACUUUGACUUCACGGGGACCAGCCCUCAAGCAUAUGGCAACUGGAACGCCCCCCGAGCCAUCUCCAACGCCGGCAUAAUCUACACCCUGCGAUGCCUAGUUGGCGGCGACAUCCCCCUAAACCAAGGGUGUCUGCUCCCCGUCAACAUAAUAAUCCCCGAGGGCAGUCUCCUCGCCCCAACAAAAGAAGCCGCUGUGGCUGCCGGAAACGGACUGACAAACCAGCGCUUGGUCGACGUGAUCCUGAAGGCCUUCGAAGUCUGCGCCGCCAGCAACGGCUGCAUGGCGAACUUCACCUUCGGCCUCAGCGCAAAGGGCGGAUUCGGGUACUAUGAGACGAUAGCGGGCGGGAGCGGUGCCGGACCCGGCUGGGUUGGCGAGGACGGCAUCCACUGCCACAUGACGAACACGCGCAUUACGGAUCCAGAGGUGUUGGAGCGGAGGUACCCGGUUUUGCUGAGGCAGUUUAGUUUGCGGGGGGGUAGUGGGGGCCGUGGGGAGUUUAGGGGCGGGGAUGGUGUUGUGAGGGAAGUGGAGUUUCUGAUUGAUAUGCAUGCCGGGAUUCUUUCUGAACGGCGGGUCUUCCAGCCAUAUGGGAUGGCGGGGGGUCAGCCAGCUGCUAGGGGAGUGAAUCUGUGGAUUCGGAAGAGUGGGCAGGUCAUCAAUGUUGGCGGGAAGGCCUCGUGCUAUGUUAAGGCUGGAGACCGGCUGCGGAUUUGUACGCCCGGUGGAGGCGGUUACGGUGCAGAGGGCAGGCAUGUGAUGGCAGCUGCAUCAUGA